UUGGUCACUACUAUUUUAUCCUCUUCGGUUCACAAGAAGAUGAAGAAGUGCUGCCUUGAUUCAAAGCCUUUAGGAAUACGGGCAAGGUGGGAAGUGGUAACUAUACAUUGCGUUAUCUUUCUCAACGCAGUCGCUGUCGCAGGCGAACAGGGGGACCCAGAAUUGUACAGAUACUCAGACCACUCAGACCGUCUAUCUGUGGUCUGUCCUUAAAUCUAAUUGGAAACCUAUUAAAUUUAAGGCCAUCAAGACUUUGCAUUUCGACUUUAGUGAAUAUCAAGUUGAAGGAAGUGGCGAUCGAGCAGUUUUUUUUUUUUAAUUAAGUAAUCGUACAGCCGAGAGAGACGUCGACAUAGUUAAUCAGUCAUUCAGUCAGUCAGUGAGUGUGUGCUUUAGUCAGUCAUCCCCUGCAGAGAUGGCUGACCAGGGUGGUGGUGGCGGUGGCGGUGGUGUGAAGGCCAAGGCGGUGAUGCUGGUAGUGAUGCUGGUGACGAAGCAGGCAGCGGGGAUGACGACCCCGAUGGAGGCGAUGGAGAUGGAGAAAACGCCACUCCACACUGAUGAAGGUGACUGUCGCGUAGGGCCCAGCCUGCGGGUGGAGGAGCAGCCCCUGAAGGUUUCGCUGCUGGCCUACGUGACCUGCUCGGACAACGUGAAGAUGGGCUUCUUCCUCCCUGGCCAGGACCCCUACAAGGACCGCGACGCCGUGAGCUUCAACAGCACGGGCGGCACACACUCGGAGGUGCGGGGCGGCAAAUGGACCAAGACGCCCCUAGCCUUCCCGCGGCUCAUCCCCGAGGGCUGGAACACCUUCAGGGUGACGGCGGACAAGAGGGGCGUGGAAGUGGCUCUGGUGGAGGGCCGCGACACCACCACGUUGUUCACGCUGCCCCACGCCCCCGACACCCUGCACGCAGAGGGGCGCGUGGCGCGCUGCUCCCGCGUGACCCCCGCCUGGGAGGUGAGCGCGGGCGAAAAGGCGUUGGUCCCGCUGCAGCCGCCGUGGGGCAACGGUCACCACCAGUGGGUGGAGGUGAGCGGCGAGGGCUGGGAGGGCGCCUCCCCUUACGUGACCUUCCUUUGCUCAGCCAACUCAAAAGAGAUCCGCGUGGCCACAAACACCACCUUCAUGAUCACCAUGAGUAGUGAGGGCGCCAACAUCCAUUACAACGUGUCCAAGGUCGCCAAGAACGGUGGUGGCGAUGGCGAUGGUGAUGAGGUGGUGAUGAACUGCAGCGUCCCCAUCAACGACUCCCUGGAGCUGGAGGUGGUUGGCGGACGUGGUGGUAAUGACAGCACCACCAUCACCACCACACUCGUCCGUCUCUGGCUUUCAUCACCACACACCGUAUCCCAAUGUGGAUCAUCGUCAACAGGUUACGGCAUCGGCUUCUACGUGGCGCUGGGGCUGUUGGUGAUAGCCUUGCUGUUGAUACGGGACGUGAAGAGAUGGUACGUUGUCCUGGCUACAGCGCUGCCACGCUGGGCGAAGAAGAACGUACCAAGACAGAGCAAUGAGAACAAUGCACCGGUGAAAGGUGAUGGUGAGGGGAUACAGAUGGACUCGGCUGAUAGCCUUCUUACCUCCGUUCACCACCGCCAAGAGGACGCAUCUGCAGACCAGUGAUGCAAGUUGCCUGUUGUACUAUCUGCUAUGACACAGGUUGAAUAUGAUACUAAUUAUGAAUAUGAUAUUAUUUACAAUUAUGGUAUUGAUUGCUGCGAUACAAAUUGAAUAUGAUAUUAAUUCCAGUGAUACAAGUUUCCUAUGAAUAUGUUACAAGUUGCCUAUGGUACUAUUUGAAUAUGGUACAAGUUGCCUAUGGUACAGUACUAGUUGAAUAUGGUACAAGUUGCCUAUGGUACAGUACUAGUUGAAUAUGGUACAAGUUACCUAUGGUACAGUACUAGUUGAAUAUGGUACAAGUUACCUAUGGUACAGUAUUAGUUGAAUAUGGUACAAGUUGCCUAUGAUAGCACUAGUUGAAUAUGGUACAAAGUGCCUAUGAUACUAUGUGAUUAUGGUACAAGUUGCCUAUGAUACCACUAGUUGAAUAUGGUACAAGUUGCCUAUGAUACUAUGUGAUUAUGGUACAAGUUGCCUAUGAUAGCACUAGCUGAAUAUGGAACAAGUUGCCGAUGAUAGCACUAGUUGAAUAUGGUACUAAUUAUUAUGGUACUAGUUGCUAAUGGUACUAAAUAUCAUGGCACUAGUUACCAAUGGUACUAAUUAUUAUGGUACUAGUUGGCUAUGGUACUAAAUAUCGUGGCACUAGUUACCAAUGGUACUAAUUAUUAUGGUACUAGUUGCCAAUGGUACUAAAUAUCAUGGCACUAGUUACCAAUGGUACUAAUUAUUAUGGUACUAGUUGGCUAUGGUACUAAAUAUCAUGGCACUAGUUACCAAUGGUACUAAUUAUUAUGGUACUAGUUGCCAAUGGUACUAAAUAUCAUGGCACUAGUUACCAAUGGUACUAAUUAUUAUGGUACUAGUUGGCUAUGGUACUAAAUAUCGUGGCACUAGUUACCAAUGGUACUAAUUAUUAUGGUACUAGUUGACUGUGGUACUAAUCAUUAUGGUACUAGUUGACUAUGGUACUAAUUAUUAUGGCACUUGUUGACUAUGGUACUAAUCAUUAUGGUACUAGUUGCCAAUGGUACUAAUCAUCUUGGCACUAGUUACCAAUGGUACUAAUCAUUAUGGUACUAGUUGACUAUGGUACUAAUUAUUAUGGCACUUAUUGACUAUGGUACUAAUUAUUAUGGCACUAGCUGCCAAUGGUACCAAUUAUUAUGGCACUAGCUGCCAAUGGUACCAAUUAUUAUGGCACUAGCUGCCAAUGGUACCAAUUAUUAUGGCACUAGCUGCCAAUGGUACCAAUUAUUAUGGCACUAGCUGCCAAUGGUACCAAUUAUUAUGGCACUAACUGCCAAUGGUACCAAUUAUUAUGGCACUAGCUGCCAAUGGUACUAAUUAUUAUGGUACUAUAGUUGCCUAUGGUACUAAUUAUUAUGGCACUAUAGUUGCCUAUGGUACUAGUCACCUUUGGUACUAUUAAAAAUAGUUGCCUAUGGUAGCCUACUUAAUAAGGGGGUGCAUAUCCCAUAAACAUCUUCUGACCUUUGUUUGAAAUAUCAGUUGAAUAAUUGGAAAUCAUAAAAAUAAAAUUAUAUAUUAAGGGCACCCCAGUAAAUUAUGUUUAAGUGCUUCAUCAAAUUUUUAAGGGGCCACAUUCGUCUUCCCAGAAAUAGAGGACACAGGUAAUACCUGGCCAAGUGACAGUGGCCUUGCUGCCUCCUGCGUCAGCACCAGCACCCAGGCUAAGCUCUUCAUCAGAUUUACAAAUUCAUUUUCAGCAUACAAUACCAGAUAAAUCAAUACUUUCUGAAGGGAUAAUGCUCUCUUAGUUUAAUUUGGCACUGUAAAUCAAAUUAAUUCCUUGCUGAGUUGCCACAAAUUUACAUUUUUGCAUUAGAUGAUUGCUAAGUUAUGGUUCCCUCCUGGAAAGGUACAGGAGCAAGCCAGUGACAUAAUCCAGUAUGUAGGAUGAAAAUCCUUGAUUAUGGCAAUUAUUUAAGAAAAAAUUCCUGGCACUUCUAAUGGUAAAUAAAAUUUCAUUAUUUUUCCUUUUACUUUAAAAUUAAUUAGUUUACCUUAUACACAAUCAUUAUUAUUAACUUUGCCUUCACUCAAAUUUCAUAUGAUUUUUUACCUUCUGAUAUCUAUGUACAUCAUUCACACCCGUGGACGAUCCGUGCAAACUGAAAAUGUUUUUUUAGGCCAAUGUUUCACCUACUUGUAAAAUGUUUCCAGAGUUGUGUCUUAUACACAUUGUAGUCAAAGGGUUAUAUUUUGACAUGCAUAUAAAAAAAAUUCCAGUUUUGACUUCUUUAUUUAAUUGUACGGAUCAUCCCCAACUCACCCUGCGUUGUUUUAUAGUGGUCAAUAAAAUAUCUGAGAAUCUGUGUGUGUGUGUGUGUGUGUGUGUGUGUGUGUGUGUGUGUGUGUG